AUGAGUUGUGAAUAAAAAUGAAUCUGCCAGCAUACUUGUUGAACAUUCUCUGCUACUAUGCCGAUUUACAUGCAGUCAAAUCAUCUCCCCAGCAGCACAAUUUCCUCCAAUUUCUUCAUAAUGGUGUGUUUUUCAAAUCACUGUAAAUGAGAUUGCAUAACCGUUUCCAGCCAUACUCGAGACGAGCUUUUGAGUUGCUUCGAUUUUUUGUGACGAAUUGUUGAAAAUGGUUAUGGAUUUGGUAACCAAUUCAGCUCUGGGCCCAGUAAUGGAAGUCAUCUCUCAGACAAUCGAAGCCAUAAUCGAGAUAACAGUCGCCUCAGACAAUGUCUCCACCCACAAGAAAAGUUUCGCGCAGCUUUCGUCGUACUUGAACAAACUCAUCCCUCUCUUGCACGAGCUCAAGACAAAACACAUCUCCUCUUCUUCUCAAGGCCUGUCCAAUUUCCUCGAAAUACUAAAUCACGAAACACGAGACGCCAAGAAACUAAUCCGAGACUGCACCGAAAGAAACCGAUUCUAUCUCCUCUUUAACUGCCGCUCCAUUGCCAAGCAAAUCGAGUCCAUUACUGAUAAAAUAAUCCACGCUAUUAAUUGCAUCCCUUUCGCCUCUAUGACCAUUUCUUUCAACAUUAAGGAAGAUAUCGAAAGCCUCGUUACUACAAUGCAUAAUGCUGAGUUUAGAACUGCAAUUGCAGAAGAAGAAAUCUUGGAGAGAAUCGAAUUAGCCAUACAAGAAAGAAACGUCGAUCGAAGCUACGCGAAUAAUUUAUUAUUUUCGAUUGCAAAAGCCAUGGGAGUUUCGACGGACCCCUCGGAGUUGAAAAGGGUGUUCGAUGAUUUCAAGGGCGAAAUAGACAGUUUACAGACGAGGAAGGAUAAAGCCGAAGCCAUGCAAAUGGAUCAAAUCAUCGCUUUACUCGAAAGGGCCGACGCAGCUUCGUCUCUCGAAGAUAGAGAGAAGAAAUACUUGAACAAAAGAAGGUCUUUAGGCGUUCAGCCACUCGAAGCGCUGAGGUCAUUUUACUGCCCGAUAACUGAGGAAGUAAUGGUGGACCCCGUCGAGACUCCUUCGGGUCAUACAUACGAGAGGAGUGCUAUAGUGAAGUGGAUAUCGGAGACCAACGAACCAUCUUCCCCUAUUACAUCAUCACCUUUAGAUUGUUCAAUGCUGAGGCCUAAUAAAACUCUUAGGCAGUCUAUUGAAGAGUGGAACGAGAGAAAUACGAUGAUUCUUAUUGGUUCGUUGAAAUCGAGGCUUUCAUUAGGAGAAGAUGCAGAGGUGGUUCAUUCUCUUGAACAGCUGAAGAAUCUUUGUGAGGAGAAAGAAAUGCAUAGAGAGUGGUUGAUCUUGGAGAAUUAUAUACCUUCUCUUGUCGAGCUUCUUCGUGUCAAAAAUCGGGAUAUUAGGAAUCGAGCCCUUCAAAUCCUUUGCUUGCUGGCCAAGGACAACGAUCAUGCUAAGGAAAGAAUUGCGAAAGUGGAGAAUUCAAUCGAAACGAUUGUGCAGUUUCUUGGACGGAGAAUCGGGGAGAGAAAAUUAGCUGUUUCUUUAUUAUUGGAACUCUCGAAAUGCUUAACUGUACGUGAUUGCCUCGGAAAAGUACAAGGCUGUAUACUUCUUUUAGUAACUACCUUAAGCAAUACCGACCCUCAAUCUUCCAACGAUGCAAAGGAUGUUUUGGACAAUCUUUCGUACUCUGACGAAAAUGUUAUUCUCAUGGCGAAAAACAAUUAUUUCGAGCAUCUUCUACAACGUCUUUCUUCGGGGUCUGAUCAAGUUAAGAUGACAAUGGCAAAGAUCUUGGCAGAGAUGGAGUUGACCAACCACAACAAGUUGUUUUUAGUCGAAAAUGGCGUACUAGAUAUACUUCUUGUCUUAAUCUCGUGCGAUGUAGUUGAAAUGAAAGUGGUAGCUAUUCAAGCUCUUCUGAAUCUUUCAACCUUAAAAAAGAAUGGCCAAGAGAUGAUAAAGAAAGGUUUGGUUCGUCCUUUAUUAGAUAUUCUCUACCGACAAACAUCUUCACAGAGGUUGCGCGAACUAGUAGCAGCUACUAUUGUACAUCUUGCUUUAUCAACGGUACCUCCAGAUUCCGAUCCUACCCCCGUUUCAAUGUUGGAAUCCGAAGAGGAUGUUUCUGAGCUGUGUUCAUUCAUUAGUCUGACAAGUCCUCCUCUGCAGCAGAAUAUUCUCCGAGCCUUUCACGCCAUGUGUCAGUCUCAGUCUUCUGACAUAGUUAAGUCGAAACUAAGAGAGCACUCAGCUGCGCAGAUGUUGUUUCGAUUAUGCGAGGUCGAUGAUGACAUCACUUUACGCGCAAAUGCUGUGAAGCUAUUAAGCUGCUUAACCGAAGAUGGUGACGAAAGCGAAACCACAGUCACAGAGCACAUAACGCAAAAUUCGAUAGAAAAUUUCCUCAAAAUCAUCAAAACAUCCGAAAACGAGGAUGAAAUCGCCUCUACAUUGAGUAUAAUCGCCACCCUUCCAAAAUCCACUCAAAUCUCAAAUUGGCUAUUGGAAUCGGUAAAUCUAAACACAAUUUUCUCCCUUCUUCUCGAUAGCAAGAACAGUAAUAUUCACCAGAAGCAUAAGUUGAUAGAGAAUGCUGUGGGGGCCACAUGCCGUUUGACUGUCGGAACGAGCCUCGAACUGCAAAAGAAAGUAGCGGAAGCCAACAUUAUCCCUUUGUUGGUUAAGUUUCUAGAGAUAGGUACAACCGCCUUAACAAUAAAACGAGCCUCGGUUUCUCUCGCUCAGCUUUCAUCGAAUUCCGUUAUGCUGACUAGGCAAAUCUCGAGGCGGCACGGUUUUUGGUGCUUCUCUGCUUUACCGGAGCCCACUUGUACCGUUCACGGAGGAAUCUGCACCGUUGAAUCGUCGUUCUGCUUAUUAGAGGCUGAAGCAAUCCAGCCUCUUAUGCGGGCCCUCACAAAUCCCGAUCAAGAUGUGUGCGAAGCUGCUUUAGACGCUCUUUUGACUUUGAUCAAUAACGAAAUGUUGCAAAACGGUUGUAAAGUUUUGGAUGAAGCGAAUGCCAUACCUGUUAUAAUCAGGUUAAUUAGCAGCUCUUCUCCGAGGUUGCAGGAAAAGGUAGUGUGUUCCUUAGAGAGGAUAUUUCGGUUGGUUGAGUAUAAGCAAAGGUAUGGAAAUUCAGCGCAAACGGCUCUUGUGGAUUUGACUCAAAGAGGAAACAAUAGAUUGAAGUCUUUAGCAGCUAAGAUACUUGCUCAGUUAAAUGUUCUUCAUGACCAGUCUUCGUAUUUCUAGACGCUCGGUUUGUUCAUCGUAUUUUUCAUUAUGUAUAUUCUUUAUUGAGUAAGCCUGUGUUUUUUUUUGGUUAAUUUUUACUGUAAAGUGGGAUUUAUAGAUAGAGCCACUGAUUAUUAACCAUUAGUUAAGCCAGGUUUGUUCUAGAUUCUUUUUGUACUUAGUUGAUACCAUUAUGCCUGUAAAAUAUUGUGUAAAAUUUAAUUUGUUUUUUCACAUUUCAU